UAUAGUUGAGGAAGAAGCGAUGACGUCGUUCUUCUUAUUCGUCGCACUUCGUGUGUAGACUCUUUCCGUGACUGUCAGUUGUUUGGACCGCUUGUCUUCUCAGUCUUUUUUGCCGAAUUGCCUGAAUUGUAUUGCGGUUCUUGGUAGUUUACAAGUCGUUUUGAUAUCAAAUCAAACAUGCAAAUCUUUGUGAAGACUCUCACAGGCAAGACCAUCACUCUUGAGGUCGAAGCUUCUGACACAAUAGAAAAUGUAAAGGCUAAGAUUCAGGAUAAAGAGGGAAUUCCUCCAGAUCAGCAACGUCUGAUCUUUGCCGGCAAGCAACUGGAAGACGGCAGAACUCUUUCUGACUAUAACAUCCAGAAAGAGUCCACACUUCAUCUGGUUCUGCGUCUUCGAGGAGGAAUGCAGAUUUUCGUAAAAACCCUCACGGGUAAGACCAUCACCCUCGAAGUUGAAGCAUCUGACACAAUAGAGAAUGUAAAAGCUAAAAUCCAGGAUAAAGAGGGAAUUCCUCCGGAUCAGCAACGUCUGAUCUUUGCCGGCAAGCAACUAGAAGAUGGCAGAACUCUUUCUGACUAUAAUAUCCAGAAGGAGUCCACACUUCAUCUGGUUCUGCGUCUUCGAGGAGGAAUGCAGAUUUUCGUAAAAACCCUCACGGGUAAGACCAUCACUCUUGAGGUUGAAGCGUCUGACACAAUAGAGAAUGUAAAGGCAAAAAUACAAGACAAAGAAGGUAUUCCUCCUGAUCAGCAACGCCUGAUCUUCGCCGGCAAGCAACUAGAAGAUGGCAGAACUCUUUCUGACUAUAACAUCCAGAAGGAGUCCACACUUCAUCUGGUUUUGCGUCUUCGAGGAGGAAUGCAGAUUUUCGUAAAAACCCUCACGGGUAAGACCAUCACUCUUGAGGUUGAAGCGUCUGACACAAUAGAGAAUGUAAAGGCAAAAAUACAAGACAAAGAAGGUAUUCCUCCUGAUCAGCAACGCCUGAUCUUCGCCGGCAAGCAACUAGAAGAUGGCAGAACUCUUUCUGACUAUAACAUCCAGAAGGAGUCCACACUUCAUCUGGUUUUGCGUCUUCGAGGAGGAAUGCAGAUUUUCGUAAAAACCCUCACGGGUAAGACCAUCACUCUUGAGGUUGAAGCGUCUGACACAAUAGAGAAUGUAAAGGCAAAAAUACAAGACAAAGAAGGUAUUCCUCCUGAUCAGCAACGCCUGAUCUUCGCCGGCAAGCAACUAGAAGAUGGCAGAACUCUUUCUGACUAUAACAUCCAGAAGGAGUCCACACUUCAUCUGGUUUUGCGUCUUCGAGGAGGAAUGCAGAUUUUCGUAAAAACCCUCACGGGUAAGACCAUCACUCUUGAGGUUGAAGCGUCUGACACAAUAGAGAAUGUAAAGGCAAAAAUACAAGACAAAGAAGGUAUUCCUCCUGAUCAGCAACGCCUGAUCUUCGCCGGCAAGCAACUAGAAGAUGGCAGAACUCUUUCUGACUAUAACAUCCAGAAGGAGUCCACACUUCAUCUGGUUUUGCGUCUUCGAGGAGGAAUGCAGAUUUUCGUAAAAACCCUCACGGGUAAGACCAUCACUCUUGAGGUUGAAGCGUCUGACACAAUAGAGAAUGUAAAGGCAAAAAUACAAGACAAAGAAGGUAUUCCUCCUGAUCAGCAACGCCUGAUCUUCGCCGGCAAGCAACUAGAAGAUGGCAGAACUCUUUCUGACUAUAACAUCCAGAAGGAGUCCACACUUCAUCUGGUUUUGCGUCUUCGAGGAGGAAUGCAGAUUUUCGUAAAAACCCUCACGGGUAAGACCAUCACUCUUGAGGUUGAAGCGUCUGACACAAUAGAGAAUGUAAAGGCAAAAAUACAAGACAAAGAAGGUAUUCCUCCUGAUCAGCAACGUCUGAUCUUCGCCGGCAAGCAACUAGAAGACGGCAGAACUCUUUCUGACUAUAACAUCCAGAAAGAGUCCACACUUCAUCUGGUUCUGCGUCUUCGAGGAGGAAUGCAGAUUUUCGUAAAAACCCUCACGGGUAAGACCAUCACUCUUGAGGUUGAAGCAUCUGACACAAUAGAGAAUGUAAAAGCUAAAAUCCAGGAUAAAGAGGGAAUUCCUCCGGAUCAACAACGUCUGAUCUUCGCCGGAAAGCAAUUAGAAGACGGCAGAACUCUUUCUGACUAUAACAUCCAGAAAGAGUCCACACUUCAUCUGGUUCUGCGUCUUCGAGGAGGAAUGCAGAUUUUCGUAAAAACCCUCACGGGUAAGACCAUCACCCUCGAAGUUGAAGCAUCUGACACAAUAGAGAAUGUAAAAGCCAAAAUUCAGGACAAAGAGGGAAUUCCUCCGGAUCAGCAACGUUUGAUCUUUGCUGGCAAGCAGUUGGAAGAUGGCAGAACUCUAUCGGACUACAACAUCCAGAAGGAGUCCACGCUGCAUUUAGUCUUACGACUUCGCGGAGGCUUUUAAGCUGUAGUUCGAGUCGAAUAUUCUUAGUACUACAUAGUCAAUUAGUAUCUACAGUAAUAGAAUAUUUUUAUUUCUACUUUUUUUAAUGUAUGCUUAAAAUUUACAUUCACAAAGUAUAUUUUUUGAGUUCACUUAAAAAUUAUCCGCGCAUUAUAAAAAGACGAGUGCGACAAGAAUGUAGCAAGUUAUAGUCCAUACAAAUAUAAAAUCCAUGUACAUUCUUGUACAGCGCUGAAACAUUAAAUAUUAUAUUGAAAA